AUGCCGCAGAUCAGUCGAACUAUGACGCUGAUGAUUCUGCCAGGUCCUAAAGUGAGCCGGUACGAGAAGUGGGAGCGGGACCGCGGCGGCGGCGGGGGCGGCGGCGGCGCGGGCGGCUCGUGGGGCGGGGCGGGCCGGGACCGGCAGCUGGACCGCGAGCGCGAGCGCCAAGCGCGCGCGCACCAGAUGUCGCACGCGCACGCCGCCGAGCCGGAUGCCUCGUCGCUCUUCCCGGCGCCGAUCAGGGUGACUGGCAACAAAGACCGAGUGACGCAGCAGAUCAACCAGAAACUCGGUGACUACGACCUCGCGCAAGUACUGCUCGAAGAUCCCAGCAAGUCCAUAGGCAUCUGUCAUGAACCACCCAGCCCUGCACCUUGUCUGCCAUCAUCACGGCGAGAGAGCGAGUUCAAGAAGCCGUCUCACGCCCCGCAAAAUGGACGAGUACACCAUCGCCCCUAUACUUACAACAAGAACGAGGCUCCUGGGUCGACGGGGGCGCCGCCACACCGACCGCCCAAUUUACGGAUACCCAACGGCUAUCAGGCAUCGAACGCUAUCGACAGCAGUCAACCUCCAAUAGAAAGCAUUUUAAAGGAGAUGAAGUCUCUACCCACACAGGUGUCGGCGAUAGCACAAACUCCUCGCAAGGAACUGGAGAACAAAUUCACAUUUAAUCCUUUAACUAAUCGACUGGUGCAAGAAAACACUCCAAGCAACGAUCUCAUAACUCCUCCCCCUAAACCCGGUUUGGACAAUCGGAUAUCGAACUCAAGAAGUUCCGUGUCACCUGAUGUGGUGAACAAAGAUCUUGGACUGUCAGAGAGUGACGACGAGGUCGCCGCCACAACCACCAGACUAGAGCCAAUCUUAACACCCAUUGGUUCUGGAACCAGUCCAAGCUCGAGCAGUGAAUCGUCCCCUUCGGAUACGGAGGGCGAGGAGACGUCAUCAACGGAGUCGUCAGGCCCCCCUACCGCGCCCCCCGUGGCCCCUGCACCGGCACCUGCGCCUACGCCCGCGCCUCCAGCGCAUCGAUCCUCCUGGUCGUUGUCCAACUUCGCCCCGCCACCCGCGCAGCCCCCCGACCAACCCUAUGAUUCUUCUAAGGAAAUCAGACAUGCCUUGGCUGAUGUCAAAGGAAAACCGAGCCCGAUCUCCGAGUUGUCGGACACGGCGGACACGGACGCGUCAUCGCCGUCGCCGGGCGUGCGGCGGCGGCGCUCCACGGCCAACCGCUCGUCCGCCGUCUCCAGCGACGAGGACGCGCCGCGCUCGCACAACACGGUGAGCACUAGCGCACUGUCUCACGCGACACUAGCGCCGCCACUCUCCGAGUUGUCAGACUCGGACAAUUCCUCCGGCGAAGAGGAUGCACCACGCCGCCACCGCACCACGGCUUCACCUCGGCUGGCGUCAACGGGGCAGAAGCGCGGGCGGCCGAAGAAGAAUGCCUCGGAGCCCGCUAGCAAGAAGCGGAGACCAGGCCGGCCGCGCAAGAAGCCUGAGUCGCCGGCGGGGGUCGCAGCGGAAGCCGUGGAGCCCGUCGCGUCGCCACACGACAGCGACCCAGAACCGGAACCCGCUCCCACGCAUCAAACCGCACUUCAAGAUACCAAGACGCACAUUUUCCGAAAGGUUUUUACGCCAAAAAAAGGCGACGAAGGUGGCGGGAAAGGUGGAAAAGGAGGCAAGGGUAAAGGGGGUAAAGGAAAGGGACAAGUGACGAUAAUAGAGUCAGGGGCCGACGAUGAUGACAGACGCCAUCGGGACCGGUCUGUCGAACGGCGGAACGAAGAGGCUUUGGCACGGGUUUCGCCUCCACCCGAAACUGACCAUAGGCGGAAGGAAGAGAGGUCCUCUAUGAGGCCACGCAUCAGGCCGCACUCUAUAGAACAUAGUGACCACCGGCGUUCUGAUGACCGGACCGAGCGGAUACCGACCGAGCGGACGUCUAACGACCGGAUACCUCCAAGCGAUCGCAUGGCCGACAGGUUGUCGACCACCGAUCGUUUAUCCACUGACAGAUUGUCAGAACGACACACCAGCGACAGAUUAUCACCCGGUCAUCGGCUGGCAAGCGAUCGAUUGCUGUCAGAUCGGCUGUCCGACCGAUCGUCAGACCGGCAUCCUGAUAGACUAUCGGAUCGACGUACAGACCGUCUUUCGCCCGGCCACAGGCUUGCCGCUGAUCGUCUAGACCGUCGUUCCAGCGAUCAGUUAUCCUCUGAAAGAAUCGGAAGUGAGAGGUUAUCCUCCGAUCGACUCGGAAGCGAGAGGUUAUCCUCCGAUCGACUCGGAAGUGAGAGGUUAUCGUCCGAACGCGUUUCAAGUGAACGUGUGUCGGGCGAAAAGACGGCGCUCGAAAGGUUGUCGAGUGAGAAGAUAAGCGAUAAAAUGUCAAUCGAUCGACUGGGUGGAGACAAAUUAUCGGUGGAACGCGUCGUACCUGAAAGGGAGCGGUAUGUUAGGGCCGAAGCUGACGUCGGCUCGGGUCUCAAGUCCGGACGAGGCUCGGAGAGACUAGAAGAGGCUUCCUCAAAUUUGGUGGAGCGGCGCUGCCGCUCGCGGCUGCUGGUGAGCGUGCAGCUGUCGCGCCUGCGCGCCGACCUGGUGCGCGCGCUGCAGCGUCCCAAGCAGCCCGCCAAGAGGCCCGCGUCGCCGCCGCCGCAGGACGUGGCAGCCACGAACCACGAGCGGACGGCGUGCGCCGGCCAGACGCCCAUUUACUAUUCGUAUUUCGAACGCCUACCUGCAGACGCACUUUCUGACGAAGAAAGAGAUCACAAAUAUUACUUAAGCGAGGCAAAACGUUUACGCACAGCGGCGGAAAGAGAGCAAGAACCCUUAUCUCGUGUCAUGUUGUACCUCGAGUCGGUACUAUGCUUCGUUCUCACCGGACGUGUGUUGGAACUAGAACUGGACACCAAAAGAGCCUUCACGAUUUAUCGCGAGACUAUCGAGUAUAUUAAAAGUAUACAUUCGAUGCCGCAACGUUUCCGAGCCUCGCCGCAUUCUACAUUCAGCAAACUCGAUAUACUCAGCUUAAGAGUGCAAGCUCUAUUGUACCUGCGGAUGUUCAAAAUGUACAAUCGUGAAGUGAAAGAAUACUACAAGAUUGUCCAGGAAUAUCAACAAAAGCCGGCGGGGCCCGAGUCUGUGUCGCCGCUGUCGCCCACGCCGUCGCCCGCGGGGUCGGUGGGCUCGGUGGGGUCGGUGGCGUCGGCGUCCAGCGGCUACUGUUCGCUGGCGCACUCGGUGCCUGCGCACGCGCACAACGCGCUGCUGCAGCUCACCAAGUACUACACCUUCCUGUACGUCGCGCACGAGCUCUGGGAGCAGGCAGACUGCCUGUGCCGCCUCAGGGCCAACCAAGAUCUGUUUAUAGCAGUGGACCGCAAAUGUGGUCCGUUGACACAGUUUUCGACGUUUCGCCACCUCGUGCAGUACGUGCGGUACGCGAUCUCGCUGCUUAAAAACGCGCCGCGCGAGUGACCACCCGCCGCCUAACCACCCCACAUGGAAGUAACUACAGUUUAUAAUGAUUAGACGUAACGCGAUGUGUUGACAAUUUCAAAUCUACAAGUGCAAUGUCAGCCUGAAGUUGCCAACAGAAAUAUAAGGCCCAUUAUCUACGAAAGCGGAGAGAAAAGCAGAUGUGUGAAAACGAAUUGUAUUUAGUUUCCCACUUAAGAUAUUGUUGUUUAAAUACGAUACUCUCCUUAAUGGUCCUUAAUCGGAAAUUGUCAUGUUAACCCUAAUCAAUAUUAAAAACAAUACGAUUCUAAGCCGCAUGCAACAGCUUUUACCAGGUCUUCGGUUCAUAUAGCAUGCCAAGCCUUUAGAACCAACAAAAUAUCUUUUAUUUUAGAAACUGUAUUUACUGAUUUAUUAUAUUAUAUAUACUUAAGGGUUUACGAUCACCGCAUCUUUGUGGUCAUAUUACAAUAUUUGGUAAACAUGCCUGAAUUUUUUAACAUCAUUGAAAUAUCCAUUGACAUACACCGAAACAAGAAACGUGUUUUGUUAUGUUUUGGAACCGACCAAGAACGUGUUUGCUACACGCAAAAAAAAAGCAAUUGGGAAUAAGCAUCGUUGCCAUGGUGACAUUUUGUGUGUGGACUCUCGAAGCAAGAUGGGUAAAUUCAUAGUGACGUCCUGUGUAUGACAUUAAAACCUUGUUUUACCUUUUGAUUUGUGCGAAAAACUUAUUGAAAUACUUAAUGGACCAAUACCUCUCACUGGGGGUUCGGAACUAACGCGUGUUUCAUUAAAGGAUGCCGUGCUUCUUUCAUAGAAUCAAGGCACUAAUCGAAGAAUAAUAUCGAUGCAAUUAAAAUUAAAAAGGGUUCUUUAUUGCUGUCUCUUUCAGGCAGUUGGCAUACUGGCUGCAUAAGAGAAAGAGAGGCAUACAUCUGCUUGAAAAUAGCACACUGAAAUACCACUUACGCUUUUCCCAGUUCUAAGUUUAAUACAGCAAAUAUUUACAGGACACAAAAAUACAUUACAUUAAAAAACAAACUAUAAAAAUACAAGGUUGGGUUUACCCUAAAUUCUUUCUAUAUCAUACUGCGCAUUGGCAUGCUGACUGAUAAGAAUAUUUUGAGGAGAAUGUCCCUUAUUGUUGCUAAAGAUUGUAUAAUAAGAACAAGAAAAAUUAACAGGGGCGCAUAACAUGAAAAUACAUGAUUAUGAUUGAAGAUAAUUAUUAAAUAUACAUACAUUAUAUACACGACUAUAUCCUUAUAUAAACAACCCAUAUAUACACAACAAUGUCAGACUAAUAGGUUGCAGAUAGAGACUGCAACAUGAAAUUGAGGAUUAAUUGCUUGAAAGCUAGAUCAUUCGACGCUUUUUGAAUCUUUCUUUGUGUGUUCGAUCUUUGUAUCAAAAAUUGGUAAAAUCAGCAAGGUUGAAUGGCAACACUGAACAGAAACCAUCAGGUUUUCGUCGUUCGUGGCUAGUCAACAGCUAUAUAUACUAUAAAUUUACAAAUCUUGAAAAUAACGCGACUCCUAAUUAAGUGAUAGACUAAUCAUAUCUUAAGGGUUUUUGUGUUGUAGUAAUUUCCCUAUCAGAAAUUUUGUAUUUAUCGGGAACACACGAAUACGCUUCGUAAAAGGGGCUAUAAAAAAAAUUACAAAUCGUAUAAUGACGGAUUGAAUAAAAGAUGUAGUGUAAUUUUAUUCCAUUCAAACAAAUUAGAAUAUUUCUUGUUUAUAUAUCUCAUACAAAUCUAGUUUUCAUUUGAAACUAAUUCAGAACUUUAAAUUGCAUUA